AUUGGCACCGUCGAUCGAGGAGGAGAGUCAGUUUUAUAUUCGCGAAUUGCCUCUUCAUACUGCGCAUGACGAUCAGAUGCCUGAGUCUAGGAUGGAUCGAGAUAGGGAGGAUCGUUCAGUAUUACCUCCGUUGAGGAUAUCACCUCCACCGAGGAGAGCACGUCCAGCGAGGAUGUCACCUCCGCUGAGAAGAUCACGUCCAGCUACGCCGGAGGUUCAGAUGCCUGAGUCCAGCGUUGAUCGAGAUAGAGAGGGCCGUCCAGUAUCACCUCCUGCACCUAGUCCCCGUGCUUCGACGAUUGAUUUGUUCGAACUCCUGAUGGAGAUGAGAGGAGACAUGGCAGAGUUAUGGGAUAAUGUCGUGACACUACGAGCUGAGUUCGGGGACAUGGCACAGUUACGAUAUGAUGUCGCGAUAUUACGAGCUGGGCCUGCGUGGGACGAGCGAUUAUCGAGAUGGAGGAGGUAG